AUGGUCGUCGGGCCUGCGUUCCUUUUAGGCACCGCGAUAUACGCCACAUUCCCGAGUAAAAUAAAGUAUCCUUUGCUCGCAUCCGUCGCCGUCGCGAAAAACAUCCUCCUCAAGAAGAAGAAGAAGAAAACAAAGAAGAAAACAAAGCAGAAUGAAUUAAUUGAUGAACAACUCCCCGUGUUGCGGUGGAAAAACAUCCACUUAUCCAUGCACAAAAAGACGCAGAAAACACCAUCAAAAACUAUUCAAAUCUUAUCUGAAAUCUCCGGUGAAGCGCACGUCGGACGUUUGUUUGCCAUCGUGGGGCCGUCUGGGUCUGGGAAAACGUCCCUGUUGAACGCUUUAGCGGAAAGAGUUCCUGGGAAGAAUGUACAGUUAAGUGGCCUUUUGAGAAGGGAAGGACGGAUGUCGUACGUGGAGCAAGAGGAUGCAUUUUUCGCACAACUCACGGUCAAGGAAACGCUUUUAUUCGCAGUAAAGCUGGCGAGAUCGAAAAAUGAACUCGCCAUAUCGGAUGUGGUUUUACAAGACGAAGAGAUUUGCUCUCGUUUGAUGACGGAUUUGGGUUUGAUGAAGUGCGCGGAGACCAAGGUCGGCGACGCGAAAACGAGAGGUUGUAGUGGCGGGGAGAAGAAGAGGUUAUCGUUGGCGUGUCACUUGGUGUCGAAUCCAAAGGUGAUCUUUUUAGACGAACCGACGAGCGGGUUGGAUUCGUAUCAGGCUCUGAAUGUGGUUCAAGCGUUGAAGAGAUUGUGCGAGAAGAGACGAACUAUCGUCGUGUGCUCGAUUCAUCAACCGAGGCAGAAAAUCGUGGAUUUGUUCGACGACGUGACCGUUUUAUCCUCCGGGAAGUUGAUGUAUCACGGAUCGAUGGACAAUUUGGAAGGGCAUUUUGAGAACAAGUUAGGCCAGAAGUGCCCGAGAGGGCACAACAUUCUCGAGUUUGUGAUUGAUUUGAUCAGCGUCGACGCGAGCACGCCGGAGACGAUGUUGGAGAGCGAAAAGUUAAUCGCAGAGGUGGCGAAGCACGCCUCUCGGAAGAAUGGAGCCGAAAACAGUUUUGGUGGUGGUGACACUGCUGAUGCUAUCUUGCCGCCCGCAGAAAAGACGGAGGGAGCAGUCGAAGAACAAACAAAAAGUAAUAAUAAUAAAAAUCCAAUCCAAGAAUUCUUGGGUCAAUUUCCGCUUCUCUUCCAUCGAGCGUUUAAACAGGUCGUGAGAGACAAGACGACGAACAGGAUUCGAUUGACUGCAAACCUCAACUCGGCGCUCGUUUUCGGAUCUAUAUUCUGGAAGCUCAAAAUGGACCCGGCGUCGAUGCAGAACAGGUUCGGUUUGCUCCAAGUCAGUACCAUCAACGCCGCCAUGGCGGCUUUAAUGAAGACGUUGACUGCGUUUACAAAGGAGAAAACCAUCGUCACUCGCGAACGCGCGAACAAUAGCUACGGCAUCUUGCCGUUCUUCGUGGCGAAGAUUUUCGCCGAGUUGCCCGUCAGCGCUUUGUUUCCGCUCGCGUUUGGAUGCGUCGUCUACCCGAUGACUCGAUUACAACCCACCGUGCCUAAAUUCUUGAAAUUCUCCUCGGCGAUUAUUAUGGAAUCCUUUUGCGCGUCCGCGAUGGGUUUAGCCAUCUCCUCCGUCGCGCCGAGCACGGAAGCCGCGAUCGCUAUGGGUCCAGGUAUUAUGGUUCUUUUCAUCGUUUUUGGCGGGUACUACGUAAACGUGGAAACCGUGCCGUUGUGUUUUCGAUGGAUAAACAAGUGCUCGUUAAUUCGAGAAGGGUUCCAGUGUUUGUGUUGCAACGAGUUCGCCGGCUUGAAGUUUACGCCCGGACCGACGGGUGAGAAAGCGCUGGAGAAUUUAGGAUUCGACGCAGAAAACGGGUAUAAACAAGGUAUGCACGGAUUAGGGAACACGUUAGGAUACCUUUGGCUGUUGACGUUAUACUUGUUGGAGAACAACGAGCCAACGUUUGCGGUCAUGAAGGCAAAUAACGGAAAUGAAGAACUCACUGGAAUGAAUUGA